AUGGAUUCUCUCAACAUUUUCUUUAACCUCCCUAUCCUCAUCCCACCUCACACGAAGACAGUUAUUUUCUUUCUACAAGAUCACCUCUCUCACUACUACCACUCUUUUUCUCUCCUCCUCCUUUACCACUCUCUCUAUUCCCUUCUUCCUUACUAUCUUUAUAGUAAGAGAAAAUCGCUUUUGAUUUCAUUUUGUCCUCUCUCUCUCUCUCUCUCUAUCUCUCUCUCUCUCUCUCUCUCUCUCUCUCUCUCAUAUCAGCGUGACUUUUUUUUUGACGGUGUGCGUGUGGCAGGGUGGGUGGAUUAUGAUUCUCUUCACCGUUAUUCAAUUUCUUUUCUUUUCAUCUCCUCUUCUCCAACCCCAUUCUUCUUUCUCUCUUUCUUAUCUGCUCUCCUCCUCUCUUUAUUCUCUCUCUCCCUCUUUCUCCCUCUCUCCUCUCUUUAUUUUCUCUCGUUCUUUCCUCUCUCUUUUUUUCUCUCUCUCUCCUCUCUUCCAUCUCUUUUCUCGCACUACUUUUUUCCUCUCCCCUCUCUUUUCUCUCAUUUUUCUUCCUCUUUCCUUUCUUAUCUCCCUCUUUUCUUUUUCUUUUUCUCCUCCUCUUCUUCUCCCUUUCCUCUCUCUCCCUACAUCUAUUCACCCUCUUAUCUUCCUCUUCUCUCUCACUCCCUCUUUUCUUUCUCUAUUUCAUUCUUUUCUUCCGCACCAUUCCUUUUCGUUCACUCUCUCUCUCUCUUCCUCCUGCUAGUCGUAACACCACCCCCACCCUGCCGGGUUAAACUCGGGCUCCUAAAGCUCCUGUCACGGACACUUUUCUUGUCAACAGAUGCAAUCUACACCCGGCCAAUAUCGCAUUACCUUCUCCAUCUCUUAUCUCUUCUUCAUUUUACAACUCACCUCAUCUCUCUUUCUUUCUCUUUUUACUAUCACCUCUUUUCUUUCCUUCUUAUCCUCGCCUGUCUCUAUCUCUCUCUCUCUCUCUCUCUCUCUCUUACUCUCUCUCUCUCACACACUUCUGUUCACAACUUACCACUUCUCUCUUGCAACCCCUUCUUUCUUACUCUUUUUACUACCCCUCUUUUUCUUCCUUUUUUAUCCUCAUCUCUCUCUAUCCCACACACUUACUUUUACAAUCUCAUCUUUCACAUUUUUCCUAUCCACAUCCUACCCUUUUUUUUAUGA